UCCAAUGCAAUAUAAACGUCUGCUUAUAGUAAAGAAUUCGUUGGCAAACAAGUUUUAAAAUAUAAUUAUUACUCUUUAUUAUAGAUGUAAAUAUUAGUGUAAGAGUGUAUAGUUACCGAUUGAAAGAUGAAUAGUUGUGUCUCAGAUAAAAGUUCUACUUAAACGUGAUCACAAAUUUUGACGUUUCUUCUUCUCACGAAUUCGAAAAUUACUCUACAUAGUUAUUAAAAAGUAAAAUUGAAAAAAAGGAUCAAAAUGUGGGUCAAAUGUACAGCAAUUUUAAGAUACAAUAGAAAUUUUCGAUUUGUUCAAUUGCGACAACUAUCGCAAUUAGAUGCAAAAACCAACGAUAAUGCCGAUUCAAAAAUGCAAGCAUGGCAAAUAAAUUCUUAUGGGGGCAUUCAAGAAUUACAAUUAAAUAAAGCAACCAUUCCAGUGUUAUCAAAUCCAAAUGAUGUUUUGGUAAAGAUUGAUGCUUCGAGUGUCAAUCCAAUUGAUGUAGCUAUGAUUAAUGGUUAUGGGUCAAAAGUACUUAAUCUAAUGCGUCAAGCCAAAGGUUGUUGUGGAAAACCUUACAGCGACAUUGAAUUUCCAUUGACAAUGGGCAGAGAUUUUGCUGGAACUGUCGUCUCAAAAGGACAUGGUGUUGAUAAAUUUAAAGUAGGCGAUGAAGUUUGGGGUGUUAUACCUGUUGAACAGCAAGGAUGUCAUUCAAACUUUGUAGUUGUCAAUAGUUGCUUGACAAAUCUGCGACCUCAAAAUAUUACCUACAUUGAAGCAGCCAGUAUUUUGUACGCAGGUUUAACAGCCUGGUCAGCACUUUAUUAUACAGGAGGAUUAUGUUACAAAACAGUAUUUCCAACUCAAUCAAAUAAACAAAUUUUAGUUCUCGGUGGUUCUGGAGGAGUUGGAACAUUAGCAGUGCAACUAUUAAAAGCAUGGCGAAUGCAGGUUGUUACAACUUGCAACACUGAUGCAACUGAUUGUUUAUAUAAGUUGGGUGCUGAUACUGUAAUUGACUAUACAGAAAGUGAUGCAGAUGCAAAAAUAAUUGCAGAAGGACCGUAUGACAUUAUACUGGAUUGUGCUAAUGUGGGACCUGAAGUUGUUAAAUCUAAAAAAUAUCCACAUCACAAUUACAUAACUCUAAAUUCACCAUUAUUGAAAAAUAUAGAUGAACAUGGAUUGGUAUUAGGAGCAGUAAAAAAUAUUGGAGAUUUGUUAAAACAAAAUUUACCAUCAGAUGAAAUCAAGAGUUUUGUCAAGUGGGGAUUUUUUGCUCCAUCUCCUACUGGUAUAAAAACAAUUCAAGAAUUUGUUGAGUCCAGCAAGAUUGUUCCUGUAGUGCAAGAAGUAUUCCCAUUCAAAGAAUUACCUGAAGCUUACAAAAAAGUGCAAGAAGGUCAUUUGAGAGGAAAAAUAGUUAUUGAUAUGAGAUUUCAAGUGUAACUUGUGAACAUUUGAAGUUAAUGUAUCAACUCCGUAACCAACUUUAUUUCUAACUUCAAGCCAAUUAGUCAUAGCA